UGCUGACGUCACCGCAGAGAGCCACGCUUCACGACCAGGCUAAACAACUUUUUCAGCCGAAGUCCUUCUCACUACGAGUCCAGGAGACACUCGGGAACUUUACUGAGAUUUAACGAAGUGACUCGACAGCGGCAGCGAAAGCGCUACAACAAAUUAUCCGUAGUAUUGAACACCGAAGAGCGAGUUGAACGAUUGAACUAUACCUACAUAUAUUUUCUCGUUUUCAACUAGCGUGUUUUUUAAAUUGUUUUGGAAGUUAAAAUGGGGAAUCUGUGGUGGUUGUUCCUCGUCGGGCUGGCAACUGGGUCAAUCAGUGGAAAACUCUUUGUCUUCUCCCAGUCAUUUAGCCCAAAUGAUGACUUAUACAUAGAGGGCCGAACAUCUGGUGACCUACCUAUAGACGAUGAAGAUGAUGAUGAUGGUGGGUCAGGCUCUGGAUCUGGGGACUAUGUUUCCCGUUACCAUUCAGAUGCAGGGGAUAUGGUCCUGACGUUGCCUAGCCCCUCCAGCAAAACAGAGCAGCCUCAACCACAGCCUACAGUACACUCUCCGCACAACCCACCAACCACAGUGGCGCGCAGCCACAAUCCAGCAACUACAGCGAAGGACACUGACAUUUUCCCUGAUGGAGACAAGGGGCUUGGUGUUGGCCCAACAGCUGACUGGUUUGCAAAGGAUACCAGCACCACCAAUGUGCCUCCCAGUGGCAGUACUAGAGCUGAUGGUGUAAUCAAUUCUGGCAAGGAGAGACGCCUGGAUGUGUUAAAUACCCAAUAUGAAGGGCCUAUCAAAAAGUCUGAUGAAACUCUUACCAAAGCUGAUCGAGAAGGAUUAUUUGGUGAAAACUCUAUGGAGGUAUCCUCUGAGAACCUGCUGGAGAGAAAAGAGGUGCUAGCAGCUGUGAUAGUGUGCGGAGUCAUUGGAUUCCUCUGUGCUGUUUCCCUCCUAUCUCUGCUUGCCUACCGCAUGAAGAAGAAGGAUGAAGGUAGCUACGACCUGGGAGAUAACAAACUUUCUGCAACUGCAUAUCACAAAGCACCCACCAAGGAGUUCUACGCCUGAACUGACUAAUAAGAACAAAGCAGGGUGGAUUUUGGCUCCUGCCCAUUAGGACUCAAAUGGAUCUAUAACCAGCUGAAGAUGAUUCUUCUUGAUGAAGUUUGAAGUAGACACCUCUGCUCCUCUCCAGUGCUGCUUCUUUGUUCUUUGUCUUUUUUUUUUUUCUUCACCAUUCCCAACUUCAUCCGCUGCCACUUUAUCUUUCUACUUAAUGUUCAGUGUUUGUGACGAAGGGGUCAUAAAAAAAAUAAAGUCAGACUGUUAAAAUGCUUUCUUGUCAUCCCAUGCUAAGGAAGGAGUAAAUACCCAUCCAAAGUUUUAAGAAUGAAAUCCUGAAGUGGAUCAUUGUAGUGUUGGCGAGUCGUCAGUGUGAAACGAUCUGUGACGCUGUGCCUUUAGACCUAAGAUUAACUACGAUGGACCAGAGCUGAUUCUGUGUGACCCAGAAAUUGAUUGUUCCUUUUGAUGGAUGUACAGCUGAACCAGCCCAGUUCAGCCUGGUACUAUAUUCUGUAUAAGAAUAGUAUUAAGAUGGACCUUAAAAGGUUGACACUUUUUUUUUUUUCUUUCCUCUGAGGUCAGAUUGUGUUUUUGUUUUGUUUUUUCUGUGUUAAAAGCUGUCUGCGUUGCUUUUUACUUCCUAUAUGCUUUCUUUGAUUUGUUUUGGUUUUUGUGCGGAGGGGUGGGAGGGGGGAGGGGUGUUACGUGAAUGAACAUUUUUAUAUGCUGCCCAGUAUUGCAUUGAGAGAUUUUGUUACUUUGCAGGUACAAACAUUUGUUGUUUUCACACAGGCACUUGCAGAACUGACCAAAUAUAGAUGUGCUUUGUUGUUUGUAAAAAAAUAUUUGAAAAAAAAAAACCUACUACAAUGUGUUUUUUUUUUUCAUGUUUAGAGAUUAUAUUUCUGUAAGCCAUUUUUUAAGCAAUUUCUCUUUGACUUCAUACAGUGGCAGCCUUAGUAAAACUCCCUCAGGCAUCUUUAGAACACAUGUAAUAUUUUCAGGACUUUUGGGGGGGUUUUGGUGACUGAAUGCUGCAAGCAUGUGGACAGGUGGAGUCAAAGCUAAUGACUAUAAUUCAGAAACCAUAGAAGCGAUCAAGGUUUUCUGACAACAGCCAAAGCGCAUUCCUUUCUCGCUGUCCUCUGUAUAAAGCUAUAAUAGCUGGUUUAAGGUUUAAAGGCCAGUGAGAGCAUUUACUGCUCUUUUACACUUUAGAGUUUAUCAACUUAGCAGGGUUAGAGAGUUGUUAAUUGUGUCUGUUUAAUUCUAAUCUGUUUCUUUUAAGUGUAAACGUGCUUGGUUUGAAACAUGUAUUUCCUGAUUUUCAGACUUUACCUCAAGCAACAAGAGCAGCAUAGCAUGUUUUAUGGCUCCAAUGAAGAUGCACAAAGCAGAUAACGACAACAGGGUUCUAUUCCCUUUCGACAGCACAUAAGUGUGUAGACCCUUUUCAUAAACCUAUUAGGAAUUUGCCUUUUUAUGGCUUUUUAACCAGCUACCUACUGCCUGUAAUGUUUCAAAGAACACUGCUUACUGUUUGUCAUAAUAAAAAUGAAUAUUUUAAAGCAAGUAGUACAUUUGAAUGCAUUUCCAAGCUACCUAUUCACUGUGUAAGGAAUAAACAGGAAGAUGUAGUCAUUAA